UCAUAUGGUCCACUAAAAAGUGACAAUAUUACUGUAAGAUAUUAUUCACUAUAGCUGAAAACAGACUUAUAUUACCUCUGUUGAAUUGUGAAUAUUAUUCUCAUCAAGAACAAUUUGCCUCUUUUUUACAGGCAAUUACAAAUAAUCUUUUAUUAACUAUAUUGAGCUUAAAAAAAAUGGCACCAAACUAUUCUAACUUCACCUUUCACAGGAUGAAAAGUCUCCACUACAUUCAUAUUCUUAUAGCUCACUGCUCCAUUAAUAACAACCUGCUCAUUAUUGUGAAGCCAUUGUUGCUCCUGCGGGUCACUCACAGCAGCCGCCGCCACGCCUCCUCCCACUGGUGCAACCGGCCGCUGUAACCAGGCAACAGAUGUUAGUUACCUGAGCAGCAAACCCCAGAGUAAACAAGCAGCAAAGCUGUGACUCUUCUUUUGUCUGGGCCGGUUUGUUUAGGAGACUGAAAACUUUGCCUCAGCUGAGGAUAAUUUUCGGAGAUCUAUAUAUAUAUAUAUAUAUAUAUAUAUAUAUAAAAUGCCUUCACAUGUAAUGCUUUCUUACCAGUGGGAUGACCAGGCUCUUGUGGAAAAGAUCUACAACCGCCUCAAAGACGACGGGCUGCCAGUGUGGAUGGACAUACAGGGAGGGGUGACAGGGAACAUCAACGAUGCGAUGGCUGCAGGCGUGGAGGAGGCGGCGGUGAUUUGCCCCUUCAUGACGCCGUCGUACCAGGCGUCCCGCAGCUGCAAGAAGGAGCUGAACUACGCCGACAGCAGGGAGGUCGCCAUCGUGCCCGUCAUGCUCGCCAAGGACUGGGAGGCCAGCGAGUGGCUGGGACUGAUCACCGCGGGCCUGCUGUGGGUGGACUUCAGAAAUGCAGAAAAGGACGAGGAGCUCUUUGAGCUGUGUCUCAGGUCUUUGGAGGAGGAGAUCAUGUUUAACGCCGGUCUCCUCCUGGCGGUGGAGGAAGCUCCCGGAGAAGAGACGGACGAGCCGGAGCCACCGAAGUCCUGCAUGAAGAGGAAACCAGGCAGACGCUUCCGCCACGCGCUCACAGGGCUCUACAUCCACGAUUCAGGCGAGCAGCAGAUAUUGUGGCCGACAAUUGACGACGGCAGAAACACAGUGGAGCUCAGCGAGACACCCGGGGAUCACUGCUACUGGGAGGAGGUGAAGGGUAACGGCUGUAAACACUACAGGAAUGUUGUCACCAACAGAUUCCUCGGUAAGCAGAGAAACUCUUCUCUCAGUUGACACAAAGAAACAAUAGGAAAUG